AUGGCCACCGCUGAAAAAGGGUCCCCAGCUGGGACUACACCGGACGCGGUGCAGACACAGCCAAGUGAAUCAUCAUUAGAGAAGGCAGGGGGCCUCAAAAGCUUUGCUCGUGUCUUCGCUUAUGGCCAAACCACAGAGUACAUCCUCCUCUCCAUUGGCCUUCUUGCCUCUGCUGGAUCUGGAGCAGCGUUAGCAAUGGUUAAUCUCGUUAUUGGUAAAUUCAUCUCCGUCAUGACCAACUUUACCGCGACCGGAUCGCCCCCAGACAACUUCAUGUCGGAGGUUUCCAAGUAUUCGCUCUACUUUGUCUAUAUAGGUAUUGCAAGGCUCGUCCUCACAUACACCUACUCGUCUCUCCUUACCUACGUUGCCCUCAGGAUUACGAGAAACAUUCGAUACGCAUACCUACGUUCAGCGUUACGCCAAGAGGUCAGCUUUUUUGAUCACGGCACCGGAGGCUCUAUAUCUAUGCAAGCCACUACAAAUGGAAAAUUAAUACAAUCGGGAACAUCUGAAAAACUUGGUCAGGUUUUUCAAGCUGUGUCCACCUUCAUCGCAGCUUUCAUUAUUGCCUUUGUCAGCCAGUGGAAGCUUACUCUAAUCUUAAUAUGCAUUGUGCCGGCUUUAUUGAUUGUGGUUAGCAUUGCUGCAGCAUUUGAUGCAAAAAUUGAGACGGAUAUUCUCAAAACGUACGGCCAAGCCGGCGCGUUCGCAGAGACAGUCCUCGGCAGCAUCCGGACCACGCACGCCUUCAGCCUUGGUGAGAGAAUGGUGCAAACAUACUCCGAGUUCCUCAAAAAGGCGAGAACCUUGGGAAACAAGAAGAGUCCACUUUAUAGCAUCAUGUUUGCCGGAGAGUACUUUAUCGUGUUUGCUGGUAUGGGUUUGGCGUUUUGGCAAGGGCUGGGGAUGCUUGCCAGAGGAGAAGUCAAAGAGAUUGGCACCAUUUUCACUGUCUUGUUUUCGGUAAUCAUUUCCGCUGCAAUGAUCAACUCUGUUGCGCCGCAUAUGGUCACCUUCAGCCGCGCUGCUUCUGCUGCCGCCGAACUAUUUGUGCUCAUCGAUCGUCAAUCUGAUAUCAACCCGUUUGAUGAGUCCGGGGACAAGCCGCUGAACACAAAUGGGGAAAUAAGCCUGGAGGGGAUCAAUUUCAGUUACCCUACUCGUCCUAAUAUUCGCGUGUUGAACAAUUUCAGUCUUUCUGUCCCAGCUGGAAAGGUCACAGCUCUGGUGGGGGCAAGCGGUUCCGGUAAGAGCACCAUAAUCGGACUGAUCGAGCGUUGGUACAACCCCAGCUCGGGCACCAUCAAGCUGGACGGUAAGGAUAUUCGGGGUCUAAAUUUGAAGUGGCUUCGAACGAACGUACGUCUGGUUCAACAAGAGCCUGUAUUAUUCAAUGGGACCGUUUUCGAAAAUAUCUGUAACGGGCUAGUUGGUACAGAAUGGGAAUUCGAACCGUCACACUUACAACUCGAGCGCGUCAAGGCAGCGGCCAGGACUGCUUUUGCUCAUGACUUUAUCGAAGACCUUCCUCAGGGAUACAACACUCGUAUUGGAGAACGGGGCGGCUUACUAUCUGGGGGACAAAAGCAGCGGAUUGCCAUUGCCCGAAGCAUAAUUUCAGAACCCAAGAUUCUGCUUCUCGACGAGGCGACCAGUGCGUUGGAUCCCCACGCUGAGGGCAUCGUGCAAAAAGCCUUAGAUGAGGCAUCAAAGGAUCGGACAACGAUUGUAAUCGCUCAUAAACUCAAAACCAUCCAGGGGGCGGACAACAUUGUCGUCAUGAAGCAGGGAAUGAUAGUAGAGCAAGGAAAGCACCAUCAGCUUGUUGGUCUUGACGGAGCAUAUGCCAAGCUUGUUAAGGCGCAGGAUCUCUCACCACAGAAGGGCAACUCGGGGUUAUCUGAUACUUCAGAUGACGAAGAUGAAAACUCACCGGAAGCUAUUAAAACACUAACUAGAAGGAAGACUUCUGAAAUGAACGCAAUACUAACACUCACGGAUCGUGAAAACUAUGCACUUCACCAAGUCACGGGAGUAUUUACUACCGUACUCAAACUUGCUCGAGCUACACCGGAAAUCAAAUGGUGGUAUGCUAUUACAUUGCUGGGUUGCGUGGUUGGCGCUGGAAUUUACCCUGGCCAAACUCUCCUCCUUGGCAAUGUCCUCGACUUGCUGAACAGUCCAAAUAUGAAAAGCCGCGGCAAUUUUAUAUCUCUCAUGUUCUUUGUCAUGGCUAUCGGGCUUGGAGUGGUAUAUGCCGUUAUUGGUUGGACUUCGAACGUUAUUGCUCAGACGUUUAGUCAAAAGAUCCGAUGCGACAUGUUCAAAGCCCUGCUUCGUCAAGACCUUCGCUUUUUCGACCGCCCAGAAAACACGGUUGGUUCUUUAACAAGCAAAAUCGACUCGAACUCCCAAUCUGUAUUUGAACUCAUGGGCUUCAAUAUUGCCCUUAUCGUCAUGUCCAUGGUUGCAGUGGUUGCCUGUAGCAUCAUGUCGAUAUCUUAUUCUUGGAAGCUCGGCCUUGUAGGAGUCUUUGCUGGUCUCCCACCCAUGCUUCUAGCCGGCUAUGCUCGAAUUCGCGUCGAGACUAAGAUGGAUUCUGAAAUUGACAAGAAAUUCUCCAAGAGUGCGUCCAUCGCGUCCGAAACUGUCACUGCCAUUAGAACCGUUUCGUCGCUUGCUAUCGAAGAAGAUGUUCUGCGAAGAUACACUACUGAGCUAGACACCGCGAUUAGUGGAUCUAAGGCAUCGUUGUUUACCAUGAUGAUCUGGUUCUCGUUUACCCAGUCGGUGGAGUACUUCAUUCUUGCGCUUGGCUUCUGGUGGGGAUCUAAGCUCGUCUCGCAAGGCCAAAUCACAUUCGUCCAGUUCUUCAACUCCUUUAUGGCGGUUUACUUUUCCGGACAAGGCGCCGGACAGAUGUUUAGCUUUGCAAGCAGCUUUACGAAAGCCAAUUCCGCCGCGAAUUACUUCUUCUGGCUUAGGAGUUUGGAACCAACUAUUCGGGAAACGACAGAAAAUGAGAACAACCGCCCCCAAAAGAACUGUAGCUCGUAUGAUUUUCAAAAUGUGGAGUUUUCGUACCCUCUUGCACCCCAUAAUCGAGUUCUAAAGGGAAUUUCACUCAAUAUCGAGCCUGGCCAAUUCGUUGCAUUUGUUGGUGCAUCUGGAUGCGGUAAGAGCACAAUGAUAUCACUGCUGGAACGAUUCUACGACCCAACAAAUGGUUCAAUCAUUAUUGACAACCGCCAUGCCAUGAACGACUUGAAUCCACGAUUGUACCGCGCCUGUGUUUCUCUCGUCCAGCAAGAACCAACACUCUUCCCCGCUAGUAUUCGUGAAAAUAUCGCCAUGGGCAUCGACCGGGGCAUCAAUGACAAGGAGGUAGAUGACAAGACCAUCGAAGCUGCUUGUCGUGCAGCCAAUGCGUGGGACUUUGUCAGCUCGCUCCCAGAUGGCCUGGCGACACCCUGUGGCACGAGUGGAAGUCAACUCUCUGGCGGACAAAAACAGCGUAUUGCGAUUGCCCGAGCUCUUAUACGUAACCCGAGUGUCAUCUUGCUAGACGAAGCAACAAGCGCUCUGGAUACCGAGUCGGAAAGAAUAGUUCAGUCAGCAUUAAUGGAUGCAGCUUCGUCUGGCAGCAGGAUCACCAUUGCUGUUGCGCAUCGGCUGUCCACCGUUCGAAAUGCAGACAAUAUCUUUGUGUUUUUUGGAGGGCGGAUUGUGGAGGCUGGCUCUCACAGUGAGCUUAUCUCUCAAGGAGGAAUGUAUAAGAAGAUGUGUGAGGCUCAGAGCCUGGACUCUGCGGUGUGA